AUGGAUGUAUGUGACGAGAGUGGGAUUCGAACCCACGCCUCCGAAGAGACUGGUGCCUUAAACCAGCGCCUUAGACCGCUCGGCCAUCUCGCCUUGUGA